GGAAGCGUGUUCACGCAGCGCCAGUCCCGCGUGACCGGCCCGCCGCUUCCGGCACGGCAGGACGAUGUGGAGGGCACGCAAGGCGCCCCGGACCUGCGCCGUUAUCUUGGCGCGGUCCCCGGGGGCCCGGGCCUGCGGUGGGAGCAGGGGCGUCUCCUACACGCAAGGCCAAACCCCAGAGCCCCAGACGCGAGAGUACUUUUAUUAUGUGGAUCAUCAGGGCCAGCUUUUCCUGGAUGACUCCAAAAUGAAGAACUUCAUCACCUGCUUCAAAGACUCACAGUUCCUGGUCACCUUCUUCUCCCGCCUGAGACCCAACCGCAGCGGUCGCUACGAGGCCUCUUUCCCGUUCCUCUCGCUCUGCGGCAGGGAGCGCAAUUUCCUGCGCUGCGAAGACCGGCCCGUGGUCUUCACGCACCUGCUGGCCUCGGGCCCCGGGCCCCCGCGUCUCUCCUAUUGCGGCGGCGGUGAGGCCCUGGCGGUGCCCUUCGAGCCAGCGCGUCUGCUGCCGCUGGCCGCCAACGGGCGACUCUACCACCCCGCGCCAGAGCGGGCGGGCGGCGUGGGCCUGGUGCGCUCGGCCCUAGCCUUCGAGCUUAGCGCCUGCUUCGAGUACCCGCCCGGCGCGCCCGCGCUGCCCUCCCACGUGCGUUGGCAAGGCCACCGCCUCGCCCUCACCAUGGACCUGGCCCCGCUGCUGCUCGCCGCCUCGCGGCCCUGAGCCGCAAGCUUGGAGGGACGGCUGGCGGCCGCGCGUGCCCCUGGCCGCACCAAGGUCCCGCCCCGCUCUCCCCUCAUCCCAGCUGUCCAUGCCGCGCAUCGCUGCGCACGCGCCACCCAAAGAGCGCGCCGGCCGAAUGCGCGUGCGCGGCAGAGGUGCACCGCGGCCCCGCUGUACGGGCGCUGUCCGAGGUGCUGCCGCGGCCUCGAACGCGAGGCGGGGCGGGGUCGCGGGCCCUUCUACUUCCUUCCCUCCUCCCAACACCUCGGGCCUGGGGCGUCCUUUGGUUCAGCCCUCGCUCACCGGGCAGGCCCCGGCGGCGCGGGGGCUUCAGUACGCGUGCGCGAGCGGCGCCCGCCCCUCCCCCGCCCGGCACUGCUCGGUGGGCCUGGGCGCCGCGGGCACAGCGGGGGAGCCGCGCCGCGGGAGCGUCAGGUGAGGGGGCGCCCGACCCGAGGUCAGUGGGCAUGGGGGCGGGAUCGGGGGCCUUCCCGGCUCUGACCCCAGCACGCAUCGAGAAGGGGAGGCGACCUGGCAGGGACCACGCCCUGCCCUGAACUGGCCCGGGACAGACCCACACUGGAGGGGGUGCAGGUGACACCGUGGGGAUCGAGGCACGCGACCUGGGCUUCGCAUUGCUCCCCGAGGGGGUCGCAGGGCUUCUCCGCCCCUCCAGUCCCCGCACAGAUGGGCGCCCUGGAGACGGCGACAGCCAUCGCAGAAUCCUGUGUGUGACGCCCCGCCCCCUGACCAACCGGAUUAGAGGGCUAUCGGCUGGGUAAAAGGAUUUCUAGGCCGGCCUCCUCUGCUCUUCCCGCCUGGGCCCUCAUCCCUGCUCAGGCCUGCCCUUUUAUUCCAAUCAGCGUCUAGGGGGUGUCCCUGUGAACAGUGCCUUGAAUCCUGAGGCGGAAGCCAAGAAGCCCCUCUACUUAAGAGUACUGGCUGCUGGAGGCUGAUUGGGCAAGACCUGAACCAGCCCUUAUGCUCAGGAAAUGGAGCCCAGGAUAUGCCUUCAGGUUCAUGGGGUUCACACUUCCUGAGACACCUGGGAACUGCCUCUGCCUGGGCCAAAGCUAUUCCAUUAAAACUUUUGCUGUGCCUAUCUCA